AUGUUCAAACAGUUAACGCAAAUCGGGAAGAACAUCACAGAUGAGCUGACAAAAGGGCUGAAUGAGGAACUCAAUGGGAUCAACUCUGAGCAGCUUGACAAGAACGGGCCCUAUGCAGAACUUCCCAGUGAGAUUCAGAUAAAAUUACGAAAGUUUGAAAAGUAUGAGCAGAAGUAUCCGCUAUUAUUGCAGGCGUACAAGAAUGAGAAGUUGAAGACGGAAAAAGUGGAGCAGAUCCAGAAAGUGUUGAGCGAAUGCACACCUGUGUCAGAUAUAUCUGAUGUGGAGUCGUUGAAGAGCUAUUUCGAGACGGUGACACAGAAGAUUUCUAUGCUGAACACGGAGGUGAAGCGAUUGACGCUCGAGAAUGGGGAUUUAUUGAAACAGUCUGAAAGUUCGAAGCAGCAGCUUGCUGAAUCGCAGGCCGCUGUUGAGGGCUUUGAGAAAGAUAUAGCCAAGAAAGAUGAGUUGAUAGAAUCCCUCAAUACGGAUAUAAGUGCCAAGGAUAAGUCUAUAGACUCUUACAAGGAAGAAUUGGCCACGAAGAAUCAGUUGGUGGAUUUAUUCAAGAAGAAAAUAGAAGAACUAGCUUCCCCACCAGCUUCUGCCACUGAUGACGGUGCUGAUUCCAACUCUAAUGAUAACCAAAAUCAAAGUCCAGACCAACAGCAAAAGCCCGGUGCUGGUGCUGGUAAGAAGAAGAACAAGAAGAAGAAGGGUAAGAACGCAGCAGCAAACGCUAAUAAUGGCUCUGAAGCUGCUCCUGCUCCUGCCUCUGCUCCUGACUCAUCUAAUGCCACUCAAACUGCAAACGACAUAACACAAGCCAUCACCUUACAAGUAAAACUUGAUUCCCUACAGGCAGAUUACGACAAGCUAAAGGGCGAAUACGAAUCAUUGUCCAAGAGCAACGAAGAACUGCUUGAAUUGAAGCAGCUGAUCAAAUCUAAGGAUGAGGAAAUAGAAAGUGUAAGAGAUAUGCUCAGAGAUGUCGGCAAUGACCUUGUGGAAGCACAAAACCAAUUGAAGGAAAGAAACGAUUCGUCAGCAGAGGCCAAUGACUUGAAGCUUCAACUUGAAUCUCUGAGAUCCAGCAAUGCAAAUAAUUUGAAAUCUUAUGAACUCAAACAAAAAGAACUGGUUGCCGAAGUCGCAACUAUGAAAAAGACAGAAGCAUCUUUGCGCCAAACCGUUUCCCAAAAGGAAAAGAUAAUCGAUUACCUAGAAAACCAGGUUAAGGAGUACAGUGCAAACGAAACGAAACUAAAGAGUGAAAUAGAUGCAAGAAAAACCGAAAACGCUACGCUUGUAAAGAAAAUUGAAAACCUACAAAAGGAAACCGAAAAGUGGAGAGUGGAAUCAAAAAAGAACGACGGCAACCUCGAAAACUAUAUAAAGGAAAAUGGAAAACUAAGCGAGAGACUAGAGGUACUUCAAGAAAAAUUACAAACUCUUCAAAACUUGAAAUCAAACUCUAAUGAUCAAGUAGAGACUAUUAAAAAACAAUGUGAGGAACUAUCGUUCAAGCUAAAGGAUGCCAAUAAAAAAAUAAUUUCAUUAGAAGAAGAACUUAACGAAAACGCUAAUAUCUUACAAGAAAGAAACAGGGAACUAAGUACCAUGAGAAAAAUCUUGAAGGAACUUCAAACCGAUAAGAGUAGUAGGGUAGAGGAAUUGGAAGCCAAGCUUCAACUAACAAUUGAAGAAAAGUCAAAGAUAGAAAAUGAUACACAGAUGGAACUAGCUCGGAAGUCUCAAGAAUUGAAGCAAUUGAAGCAAUCUAUCGAUCAACUGCAGUCGACUUAUCAUGAUGAAGUAAGCAAAAAUGAACGCUAUUCUGCUGAGAUUGAAGAAUUGAAAUCGACAUAUGAGAGAAUUAAAAGAUCUAAUAGUGUCAGUCAAGAAGAUAGUUCUGGAUUGGAUUCUAUGGUGAAGUCCUUAAAAGAUGCUCUCUCUAAGAGUGAAAAGAAACAGAGAGAGUUAUUGAAUGCUAAUAUGGAAUUAAAAGAGUUGAAUAAUGAUUUGAAUAAAAAGUUUGAUAGACUAUCGAAAAAUUACAAGAAUCUUUCCUCUCAAGUUAGCAAACCUGGUAAUAUCGAACCAAAAUCGGCAAGAACUACUCCUCAUGCUUCUCGAUCGAAUUCAAUUAUUCAAGAAAAUAUUCCUACACAAAUUAGUACAUCACAAUCUGAGAUAAAUGAGAAGAUAGCGUAUAUCAAGAAUGUUCUACUAGGAUUUUUAGAACAUAAAGAACAAAGGGAACAAUUAUUGCCUGUGGUAGCGACAUUAUUGCAGUUGGAUAGUAAUGACGAGAAACGUUUAGUUCUCUCAUUAAAGUAA